GGCUGCCAUGGCCAUGAAACACCCUGCCUUCCCUCAAAGAAAAACGAGAAAAAGCAGGAAGAGAUCCCUCACUAAUCCACUGGUCACAGGCAGGAGUGAGAAACGUCGGGAAACAUACUGCCCUGUAUCAGCUGCUUCUCAAUCCAGAAGAAGGGAUCCUGUGCAUGAGGAAGACCUUCAGAUAGAAGAUCAAGAGUUGGCAAGUCUUGAAACAAGACUCCAAGAGUUAAGGGACACUAUAACUGCGGUCCAGGUUCCGGAGGGAACAGCCAGAAUGGUUUCUGCUUGGGAACAAAGGCAGCUUCUCACAGAUGUGAGAAUGAAAACUGCUAGGCCUAUGCUUUUUGAUGCAAAGCUCUCAGCCGAGAGAGUAUUCAUCCAAAAUUGUCACAGAUGCUGUGCUGUAGAAGCUGUGAUUAGGUGCCUGGACUGUAUACCACUGGACAUGGAGUUCCUCUGUGCUACCUGUGACAUAGAGGCCCACAAGAGAAAUAUCUUCCAUGACAGAGAGGCUGUGUUCCAUGGAUUUCUUGAGCCUAUUCCUCCUACAACUGCUGUGGUGGUGAAUGAAAAUGGCCAGCCUCAGUUUUGUGAACAAAUAUGUCAACUUCCUGUUCCUGCACCAAUGUCAAUUUGUGAAUGCACUCAUGACUUCACAAUCACUCCAGGGAAGCAUAUAUCAGUGGUCACCAUCAAUGGACGAUACGAUGUUUGCUUGCCUCAGAAAUCCUGUUCAUCAUGCUCUGCACAAUGGACUCCUGAGGUGAAGGACCUGCUCAUUUAUCGUUACUGGCCAGCUAGCACCAGCUGCCAGACCCUAUACAGUACAAGUUUGAUGUCUUCACCUCUUUGAACAUAUGAAGGUAACGGCUCCAGCCAUGUCCAGGCAGGCCUGCCUGAAAAUGUUGGAGCACAGAUCUGUUCAAGCUGGAAGGACAGGUAGUAUCUGUGCGGAUACAUUUCAGCGAAGCUUUUUUGAGUUUACCUUCUGUCAAUACAAAGAAGAGGAUAUGUGCCAGGUCCAUCAUUUUGAGUGUCCAGCAUGUUCUCCAGACAUGUUGGCUGUCUGUUCUGAUGGAAACCGAAAACAUUACCGCUUUAGCAAGUCAAUAGGGACUGAGGAGCCACCCAUAUACGAGGGCUUGUUCCUGGCCAAGGAUGAGGAAGUUGCUACCUUUGUUGACCUUGUAAGAGGCAAUAUGAGAAGUGCAAAUGACAGUGCUGUCUGAGGUACUGCCAAGUUCACUGCUGGCAGAGAGAUGUCAAAAAGUCUGGUGCUCAGAUAGAUGAGGAGGGCAUUCAAGUUGCAGUUUGCAGACAUGGGUUUCUCUUACGAAGACUAAACCAUUACCGUGGAGAAAUAUUUGCUUACCCAAUGUUUCUUCAAAGAGAGAUGUCAAAGAAGGCAAAUGUUACCUUCUUCUGUAUGGAUAUUACAUGCAGGUACUGGCCCUACCUUAACAAGGUAGCAGAGGGUUUACCAGAGCUUCUGCCAUUGACAGAAAUGAGGCCAUUCCUGAGCGUCAUGCAUGCCAAAGCACAUACAGCAAAAUGCGAGGUGAGAUUGGGUGGCAGAAGCCAGGAUGGAGCAGGAAACACGGUGGGAGAGGAAGUGGAGCAGGUGAACAGCUUUCUCUCCAGGGCAGCAAAAUACAUGACAAAAGCUGGAAGAGUGAACAUGUUAACGCGACUGGCCAUGGGUUGGAACAGAAGAAAGAGGGACAACCUUCAUCAAGUGUUAGUCCAGAGAUAUGUCAAAAUCACAGAGAGAGCAAAACUGGAAGCUGCCAGUCUUAGCAACAUCAAGAAAGAGCACAACCUUGAUGAGGAGACAAUAGAGCAGUGGGUGUGUGAUGUCAAACAAUGGGCGAUUACAGAGAGAGUCUACACUCCAGGUUGUACUGAAGAGCUGAGGGCUGACAUUGAGAACAUCAUUGUAAACCUUUUGCGCAGGAAGAAAGAUCUAUAUCGUCAGCAUGACAGCAACCAGGCAAGACAAAGAAAGAGAAAGAAAAUGACAGAGUUGAAGAAGAAGUUACGCGAAAAGGUCUUGCAAUACAACACUGUAGUUGAAGGAGAUCCUAUUGACGAGGAGUUGGCUUGCAGUCUGACAUAGGGAUACAUCUUACCAUGGGAGAGACAUGAAGAUGGCAACACCUUCAGGUUGAAGAGAUCUAUUUUCGACCAGGUAAUGCUGCUGAAACGCUUGGAGGAGGAGCAGAGCAUCCUGGUAAAGGAGAUGUCUCAGCACAUCAAGUACCUUCUGAAGGAAGUGCAAGAAGUGGAGUCACUCAGAGGACAGACUUUGGAGCGCAUCAAAACCAACAGUUUCAGUGACCUGACAGAGGACGCUACACAUGGGCUUAACAGUGUCCUUAAUCGGAGGGUUCACUCACUUAGAAGUCAACAUAAACAGGCUGUUAAUGCAUACAGCAGUAUAGCCACUAUGGAAUGUAAUUUUCUUUCCAUACAGGAGGACAUUGAGGAGUGGGAUGACAAUGGCUUCACCAGCCUCGAGUCUGAGGAAGAAGACACCUAAAGACUGCUGCCAAACAACACAGAGGAACUGGACUUUGUUCAAAAAGUCUUGCCUUUGUUUUAAAUAGCUGUACCAAAAUAUUUACACGAAAGUUUUUUUUUAGAUUCUGUAUGUGAAGAGUUUCGUUGCAAAACGAGAUAAAUCCGUUUUUUUAAUUGUUCAGAAAUCUCGUUUUUUGGUUGUGCAUUCCCAUUAAUAUCAAUUGAACUGCAGUUGGUUUGUUUUGAUUUAAACCUUCAUAACUUAAAAAAUACAGCUAAGUAGCACCAUAAAACAAAAUAAUAACAUGAUAACAUAAUAAUAAACAUGUUUUGACAAAAAUGUAAAAAAAUGGAUUUAUCUCGUUUUGCAACGAAACUCUUCAUGUAUUUUUAUAAAAAAAAUAAAAGAAAAACAUUGAUUUAUUUUUAUCAUCUAACCUUUGAGCUUGCUGGUUUCAGAUCAAAACUGCUCAUUGCUGCUUUAAAAAAUUAAUUGUCAUAUUUGCAUGGAAAAAUCUAAUAAAGAUUCAAUGGCAGCCUGUGUAAUUGUAACAAUAAUUUUAAUGUACUUUGGUAUUUCCAUAAUAUACGUGGAUUUAUAUUUGUUUGCAAUAUGCAUAUAAUACUCAUACAUUUGUAGUUAUAACAUACUGAAUACCGUCAAAUAGCUUGAAACCAUAAAUGUUUUUCUUUUAUGUUUUCUAUAUGACAUCUACAUGUACAUACAUAAAGACAGAGACAAAUCCAAACAUUUUUCACUUACAUCCUGUAAAACUGUAUAAAGAAAUGUCUUAUAUGCACCACUGUAAUAAACUCAU